UGGAGAAAUAAUUCACCAAUGACAAAUGAAACCCGACCAGGAAGUUGUAUGCUUCUCCGUGUCCUUAUGUUUGUCUUCUUCUAGGAAGGUCAGAGCUAGAAUCAUGGAUAUGUUUUACCAUCUUAGUUAUAAUGAAGGGUAUCUCAUUGUUCAGAAAACUGUAACCUUUUUAUACAACAUACUUCUUUCUAACAUUCCUGCAGCGAAACAGGAAAAAAAAAAAAAACUGAUCAGAUAUUGGCUUCAAGAACGAAAAGAUGAAGUUACUGACUUGGAUGCAUCGCAAGUUUCGGCAAGGUAAUGGUGAAACACUAAAGGAAUUUCCCAUUGGGCAGCAAGUGCUUGAUGAUCCUAAUUUCUAUCAAAAGCAAAACCAAGGGAGAAAACGAAGAGCGUCAUUUACGAGUGUUGAUGCGACAAAGUGUGUAGAACUUGAAAGAAAAGCAUCAUCAGCCGAUGCGUAUCCUGAAUACUUUGAAGGAUUUCUAGCAAUCGGCACCUUUGGGAUGACAGAUACUGUCAUCUCAGAGCCGGAGACACCAACAUUUGCAGUGUCAAUUGAAAAGCUGGCGGAAGGAGAGGCAGAAGUGACAGAGAAUGAAUUGAGGCUCAUCAAUGAUGAGUUAGAGAGGGUGCUUGCUGCUGAAGCUAAAGAUGAUGGUUGGACAGAUUCUUCUGGAAGAAACAGUCAUGUUAGCAAUGGAAGAAUUAGUCAUGCAAGCACCAUAACUCUCAGUGGCAAGUCACUGGAAAUUCCAGAAAGCACAGUAGUCACUGGAAAUAAUCUGAUGUACUGUCCUCUUCAAGAGUAUCUGUUGGGAUCAGCUGUAGAAUUGCCAGAGAAAGCAGCAGAACCGAAAAAAGAGAACAGGACAUCGUUGGGUGAGCUAUUUGAAAAGCACAAAGCAAAGGAAGUCUCUGAGAAUAAGUACAAAAAAGGGGAGAAGAGGGAAGAUUAUAAAGAAGGUGAUAAGACUGCUUCCAUGAAUCUCAUGAAAAAAAUACUGAUGAAGAAGAAAAGUGCACUGCAAUCUGCUCUGAAGAACUCUUCUGCCAUUACUCGGGGAAAUGCUGAAACUACGUCCACAGAGACAAAACUGUGCAAGAUCCUUCAGAAAUUUCACAAGAAAGUGCAUCCGGAAUACGUUAUAUCCACAGAAAAGUCGGGCAAAAUGCACAAGGCCGAGAUCAAGGACAUGAUGCCCUGCAAUGGAGGCUACUACAAGGAUGAGCAUGGAUUUCCAGAUGAGAAAACAGGUAGAAAUGGAUAUAUCCUUCGCAGGAACAGCAUCUCUAAUCCAACUCAGUUCAUAGAUCAGGAUGGGAGUGAUUCAAAUGGGAGCAGGGAGUUCUGGAUCAAAACUGAUGCAGAUUACCUUGUUUUGGAGCUCUAGAAAGAAAUUGCAGUGAUGCAGCUACAGCAACUCCAUCAUGACUCAUGAAGAACUAUGAUACGUCAUAUGUGUGUAAUGCUAUAUUUUUAGGAUAAAAUCUCCUAGCAUAUUUGUUAAGUAUAUUGAGUGGUUGAGUUUGAAGACACAUAAUAACAUGAACUCUGGUUUGAAACUACGAAAGAUCAUUCAUCAGUCUAUGUAAUAGUAUUAUAGUCGUGUUUGCGUCUCAGCAAUUGUGAUUUACGUUAUGCUUGGCAUUAUAGCAAUAAAUUAUAUUCCUAUUUCCGAAACAAAUGCUUUGAGUAGUCAAAUUUUACAUUAUGAAAUCCAUCAACUUUUCUCA